UUAUCUUUCAGAGAUUUUGUUUUUAUUAAACACCAAUUAACACACAGUGUCUUGGUUGGAAGGGAGGUACCAGUAUAGGGAAGUCUCUCAUAGCUAUGCCUAAAUCCAGAUAUCAUUUUGGAAGUUGUUCAAAUGGGCGGAGAGAACAAGAAACUGAGAAGUUCCAGAAAGUUGAAAGGAAUGUGUGGGAGGAGUUUGGAGAGGGCAUAGAAAAUAUUGCUGUAUGGCUGUGGGAGGCGAGGAGGGGUAAGCACGCAUCUGUUCUGACUAACAUGAUUAGGGACGUUAGCAGCGCUGUUUGCUCCUCCAUUACUUUUAUCAUCAGUGGCCUUUUGAAUGUUCUCCUGAUUUUCUUUUCUGUCCCAUCUUUCCAUUUCUCUCCACUCCCUGCUUUCCCUUUUUUCUGCCUCAGAGAAUUGCAGCACCUCCUGGAAUAUGUCCUCCUUGCUCUGCCUUGGUCGCUUCCUUAUCGGGCGGAGACACUCCGCUGGUGCAUAGGGGGUUCCCCUGAAGGCCACUUCUGCAGAAGCACAAGAAACAAUGUACAGAAGCAUGAUUGUUAGUGCAUGCAUAGCGUUGAAUCAUUAUUGUAAAAAAUACAUCUCUUUAUAAAAUAUCAAGCACUUUCUCACUGAUCCUUGGCAAUCACGUGUCUCAGCUAACACCCUAACGAUGUGACUUCUUGUGAACAUAAUUUUAUUGGAGAAUCCUGCCUUUCGCUGUCUGGAUCCUUUAACAGUGUGCCAAAGGUUCCAAAGUCUUGUCCUGCUGUGUCUUCUUCUCUCAUCAGCUUCAUCCCUGAGGUGGAACACCUUCAUAAUUCCAGAGGAACUUAGAUAUCAGGAAAUCCUUGUCAGCAGUGAGCGCACUCUGAGAUAUUGAAGAGGGACUCCAUGAAAGAUGACAGAAGAAGUUAUUGUUAUAGCAAAGUGGGAUUACACUGCACAACAGGACCAAGAACUUGACAUCAAGAAGAAUGAGCGUCUUUGGCUGCUGGAUGAUUCCAAAACAUGGUGGAGGGUAAGAAACGCGGCCAACAAAACGGGAUAUGUGCCAUCAAAUUACGUGGAGCGAAAGAACAGCUUGAAGAAAGGCUCCCUGGUUAAAAAUCUAAAAGACACAUUGGGUUUGGGUAAAACAAAAAGGAAGACAAGUGCACGAGAUGCCUCACCUACUCCUAGUACAGAUGCAGAAUAUCCAUCCAACGGUAGCAGUGCAGAUCGGAUUUAUGACCUUAACAUCCCAGCCUACGUUAAAUUUGCCUAUGUGGCAGAGAGGGAGGAUGAGCUGUCCCUUGUUAAAGGAUCCCGAGUCAUUGUUAUGGAAAAGUGCAGUGACGGCUGGUGGAGAGGUAGCUACAAUGGACAGAUUGGCUGGUUUCCUUCGAACUAUGUGGUGGAGGAAGUUGAGGAAGCAACUGCAGAUUCCCCAAGUUUUCUAAGUUUAAGGAAAGGUGCAUCCAUGAGUAAUGGCCAGAGCUCGAAACUACUUCAUGUUGUUCAGACAUUGUAUCCAUUCAGCUCUGUCACAGAAGAAGAGCUCAAUUUUGAAAAGGGGGAAACAAUGGAAGUCAUUGAAAAACCAGAAAAUGACCCAGAAUGGUGGAAAUGUAAAAAUUCCCGAGGGCAAAUUGGUCUUGUUCCUAAAAACUAUGUAGUAAUCUUAAGUGAUGGUCCUACCAUUAACACUUCCCAUCCACCUCCGAUAAGCUAUACAGGGCCAUCUUCUACAGGACGGUUUGCUGGAAGAGAGUGGUAUUAUGGGAAUGUUACCCGGCAUCAAGCAGAAUGUGCCCUAAAUGAGAGGGGAGUGGAAGGGGACUUCCUUGUUAGAGAUAGUGAAUCUUCGCCCAGUGACUUCUCAGUAUCUCUAAAGGCAUCAGGGAAGAACAAACAUUUCAAGGUGCAGCUCGUGGACAAUGUCUAUUGUAUUGGCCAGCGUCGAUUUCAUUCAAUGGAUGAAUUGGUGGAACACUACAAAAAAGCUCCCAUCUUCACCAGUGAACACGGGGAAAAGUUAUAUCUUGUGAAAGCACUUCAGUGACGUUGAAGAUAGACACUGCCGCCUAGGCCUCUUAUAACUUUCAAGCCUUAGGUCCUAAUUCACUUUUAUAGAACAGAGCAAUCUACUCCCUGAAGCAGGCUUAAAGAAUGGGCUCUUUCCAAAGUGUUUGCUCUGUUGGUUGUUAUUGUCCUUUUUUGGUUUGGUUUUGUUUUGUUCGCCUAUUUUAUCUUUUUGGUUCUGUUAAUCUCAGAUGACCUCCCCUCAGGUUGAAAAUUUCACUUAAAUGGGCGUUGUAAGCACUCACUUUCAUGCCUGAGUUCUAAACUCCCCUCUUCUGUGUACGUUUACAUAGUUAGUUCCAAUAAAUGAGGGGUGUUUUCAAUUCAAAACAGUGUUAAUCUGUUCAAAUUGCUCAUGCUGACAGAACUGUUCAUUUGAGAGACAUCGGGCACAGUUUGAAUGCACUGAAGCUGCAGCUAAUUAAGUGAGAUAUAGUAGACAUAACAGUUGUGGCAGUGAGUUCUGUAGCUAUUUUGCUUACCAAGUAGUAUAUUACAAAAAUUCCUAGUUCCUAGAAGCACUCUUUACACUGUACUCUGCUAUUACAUUGCCUCUUUAACUCUUUGUAAAGAGUACACUAAUUAAAGCAUUUUGUAAUAGUACUUCUUAAUCUACUAUGGUAAGAUUGUAGUAAAAGAAAACUAUCUAGUGUAUUUUGGUCUGUAAUUGCAACAGAGAGGAAUUUUCUUUUUUACAUUGAUUGCUAGAGAAAGAAUCAUUGAAUUGUAAAGGCUGAAUGUUUUGGUAAUCUACAACCAAAUGUGCCAUCCACAUAAUGCUUUUUCCUCUUGCCCUUCUGCUUGUUUGAAUUAAACAAUUAUGUAUUUAAUUCUCGAAGUAAUAUGUAUCUGUAGCUGAUUGUUGACACUAAUACAGAAGAUUAAUAAAAACUGAUCUUGGGGUGGGGUGGGCGGGCUACCAACACUAUUCUAUAUAUAGAUAUAUAUAUAUUUGCUUUAUAGAGAAAAUCUUCAGGGUUUACAGAUUGGUGGGAUUGGUAGUAGGAGACACACAGAAUGUUUAUGAAGAAAAUGCAUUUUCUCUUUUCUUUACAUUUAAACUCCUUUAUGGUUUAAAUAUACAGUCUUGAGAUGGCACAUUCCUGAGAUUGAAGAAGAGAUCUUGAGAUCUCAAAUUCUUGCAUACCCAGUUUUUUGGAUAUUGUAAUAAAAAAGAUAUUAUGUCAA